AUGAACAACCUCGAUAAUGAUGACGAUAAUGACAUUUUCGCGUCUUCUUCUGAUGAUGACAUGAUUUUAGAAUUAAGCACAAGACCUCCACGAUUCACACAGGUUCAAAAUACCAUUAAUAACGACUAUACGCAAUCCCAGCUCCCAGCUCUAGAUACUUUACCAUCGAAUGCUACACAGAACGUGACAAAUGCAAAUGGCAAUGCAACAGUAACCGCAGUUACCAGAGAUAAUAAUAACUUAUCACACAAUGAUCUUAUGAAAGCUCAAGGUGAAGCAAGUAUGCUUCGAGAUAAGUUGAAGGUUUUGCAAUCUGAAAAGGAAAAAGAAUUGAUAAACGAACAAAGUAAAAAUAAAAAAUUAAAAGAAUCACAUCUGGAUGAAUUAAAUAAACUAAAACACGAAUUACAAAGGUUGGAAGAUGAAAAAAAAUUCUUAAUUAUGGAAAAUAAAAGUUCUUUAAAAUCAAGAUCUACUGUACCUGCAUUAUCUAAUGAUAGUGAUAAUAACAGAGAAAGUUCGGUAACUUUAUCUUCAGAAUCUAUGUCCGCAUCAAAUACAGCUAUUAACAAUACUGCAACAGCGAUAAAAACUUCUCCUUCAUCAAAAAGAAGAAAAAUUGGACAAACUAAACUUAAAAAACAAUAUAUACAAUUAAAUCCAAAUAGAGUCACUCCAGAUGAAACUUCUGUAUUAUUCGAAAACAUAAUGUUACAUAGGUUGGUUGGGUGCGAUUUAAACACAAUUGAAAUGCUUAGUAGAAUAAAACUUGAGUAUAUUGAAAAUUUCCAAUUUAAAAGUUUUAUCAUACCGAAAGGUGAAUCUAUUGGAAAAUCAUUAAUUAGUUUAUUUCUACGCUGUAAGAAAGGAAUGAAACUAGAUAACUUUAUUGAUACGUUAUUGGAACAUAUUGCUGUAUUAAUUAAAGAAAUUUCAUUCCAUGAAAGGGAGUUUGAUUUGGCAGUACCAUUUUUGGUAGUAAUAAUGUUUGAGUUGGUAAAUUUUAGACCGAGUGCCGUUCAUAUCUUCGCAUUAAAGGAUUUAUUUUAUUUCACUUGUGAUUUAAUUAAGAAAUAUCAACAUGUCUUGAAAAAACCAGUGAGGAAAACUCCAUUAGAUAUGACUUUCGGACCACAAAUAUUCCAGUAUGAAUUCAUUGAUUUAUUAAUUGUGCUAUUUUCCUUUGACUUAUUGGAGCUUUCGUUAAGAAUUUUACAAUUACAUCCAAUUAGUGAAAUAUCGGAUUUCCUAGAUAGUAAAUUAUUAAAAUCAUUAGAGCAGUUGUUUUCAUUAACUUUAACUUUAUCAUAUAAGCCAAUAAUAAAUGUUAUUUACAAUACUGUGGAAAUGCUAAAUAUACUAUCAACGAUAUUAGUGACAGCCCAGUCAGAUCCACAGAAUGUUGAAAAUGCUGAAACGGAAGAUCCCAUAAUACCGCCACAAUGGUGGAAAAUGUCAGUAACAAGGUUAUAUAAUGUCCUGUCAAAACAAGUUAGUAAUCAUAAUUUAUAUUCCGAUAUUUCAGAUGAUGAAGAAGCUAAUGUUAACCAUAGUAGUAAUAAUAAUUUGAAUAAUAAUAAUAAUAAUAAUAUGGCAGUUAAGAAUGACGUUUUAACUAUAUCCCGAUUCACUGAUUUAUUUAGUUUAAUACGAAAUAUGGGGAAUAAUACCAUCGCACCUUUUAUUUCUGAAUUAAUAAGUGAAGAGAAAUUAAGUGGUAUUCCAGAGGUUAUUUCAAAGGAAGAUAUAUUGAUCUCUGACCCAGAGAAAAUUGAUUUUAAAUUAGAACGAUGGUUUUUAUAUUUGAAAGAUGAUAUUUUGAAUAUUUUAGAGAAUUUAUUAAUGGUUUAUCCUGAGGAAAAUACAUUGAUUAAUGGAGAGAUGCUCAUUCAAUUAACUAAAUUAAUGUCCAAAGAACAAGAAAUGAUGAUUGUACGUCAUGUAGGACAACAAUCAACAAAUUUAGGUUUACGAUGUGAUAUAGUUGAUCAUAUUCUUGUUAUAAUUUACAGAUUAUGGACUGACCAUUAUAACCAAUUAAGUGAAGAGAAUAUUAAAGAGAUUGAAAAUGAAUUAGUAGUUUCAUUAUGGAAAGUCAUUGUUUCACAAACUGCAGAAAAGGAAGAUUAUGAUGCUAAGGAAAUGAAUGAACAUAGACAAUUGGUAGAUAAAUUCAAUGAGUUAUCUUUAAAGGAUCAAGUUUUAUAUUUCGAUGAUACUUUGGAGGACAUACCUGAGUAUAUUGAACAAGAUUUGAAAAAGGAUUUGGAUGAAAGAUGUCAGAGAAUUAUGCAGGUCCGAUAUCGUAAUGAAUAUCAAGAAAUGGCAAAGACUAUUCUAGAAUCAAAAUUUUUAGUAAGUUUAGAAAAUAUAGAUAGUUUAUAUGAUGCCAUGGGCCUAUAA